GACAGCACCGGAAGGCACCAAGGAAAGCGCGCUCCCGUGACCCCCCUCAGCAGAGCUGUCAUUUUAAGACAUAGCGGGACACCGAGAGCGUCGGGACCGCGUCGAACGGCCGCGGUGCAGUCCGGUUCCUCCGUUACGGUGUAACUAAAAACGGUUUCUUAUUUAAAAUACUGCAACUCGCCGCGAUAAGUUGUUUUACUUCAACAGCUGGUCGGGGUUCACUUGUGCCAUGGUGCACGGGCUAGCUAGCUCUCGUUAGCCGGCAGCUAGCGUCCAGAGAGGGGAGUCCGGAACCCGGCUGAAACAUGGAGAAGCACAACCGUUUAAUGGAGCUGUUCCACCGCCUCCAGGACCCGCACCUCGUCUCCCGCUUUCAGCAAGUGUGUGGGGUUCGCGGGACGUUCUCCAGAACCUCCAGCAACGGCAGCGGCGAGGAAGCCGACCGGACUCACUCGCACAACAACGGGGCAUGCCGUCAUCACAUCAGCGGGGAACGCGAGGCGGAGAAGGAGCGGAGGGACGGAGAGAAGGCGCGUGCGCUUCGGCGCAGAACCACCAGGAAGUACUCCGCGGAGGAGGGGACACACGCUCCCCACAACGGGGCCGUGCUUCCCACAGCCUCCGCCGGGGGAGAGGCGCUGGGCGCAGGGAGCAGCGGUCGCAGGUUCGCCGGGUCUUCAGCCGAGGGCGAGGACGUUUCAGGGGGAACCGAGCCGGAGGAGGGCGGUGAAGCCGCGGCGUCCCCGCGGAGCAGCACGCUGAAGCCCCUGCGCAAGAACUCCCUAACCGGCGACGACGGCCAGGAGUUUCUGAUCGAGAACCGGUUCCUCUACUACCUGUUCACGUUCGGAACCGAGCUGGGCAACGAGUUCUUCUACAUCACCUUCUUCCCCUCCAUCAUCUGGAACGUGGACGCCUUCGUGGGCAGGAGGCUGAUCAUGGUCUGGGUCUGGGUCAUGUAUCUGGGCCAGUGCACGAAGGAUGUGCUCCGCUGGUCCCGACCCGCCUCACCGCCUGUGGUUAAAGUGGAGAUGUUCUACAACUCUGAGUACAGCAUGCCGUCCACACACGCCAUGUCGGGCACCGCCAUCCCCUUCGCCCUGUUCUUCAUGACCUACGGCCGGUGGCAGUUCCCGUUCCCGCUGGGCUUCAGCCUGGCUCUCAGCUGGUGUCUGCUGGUCUGCGUCAGCAGGAUCUACAUGGGAAUGCACUCGGUUCUGGACGUCAUCGCCGGCGUACUCUACAGCAGCCUGAUCCUCCUCUUCUUCCUGCCGGCGCUGGAUCUGAUCGACGGCUUCAACCUGACCUGCCCCUACGCUCCGCUGGUCAUCAUCUCCCUCCACCUGGGCCUGGGCCUCUUCUCCUUCACCCUGGACACCUGGAGCACCUCUCGCGGUGACACGGCUCAGAUCCUGGGCACCGGCGCCGGCAUAGCGCUGGCCUCCCACGUCAACCACUACCUGGGUGUGAUGCCGGACCAAACAGCAGAGCAGCUUCCCCUGAUCUCGCCCGGCCUCAGCUGGGGUCUGGUGGGCAUGGUGCUGCUGCGGGUGGUCCUGGGCGUCCUGGUCCUGGUGGCCACCCGGGCCGUCAUGAAGGCCCUCACCAUACCGCUGGUGUGCUGGGUGUCCGGGGUGCCCGGCGGCGACGUGAGGAAGGCCAGGCAGCACAUGGAGGUGGAGCUGCCCUACCGCUACAUCGUGUACGGGUCGGUGGGCUUCAACGUGCUCUUCCUGGUGCCGCUGCUUUUCCGCCAGAUGCAGCUGUCCUGAUUUUAGCAGCAGAUUGGGGACCAGAGGUGAAGUAACAUUGAGAACUGAUUGAACCGUUUGACUUCGACUGGUAUGGCUUCUACGUGUGGAUUUAUCUAGUCAGACCUCAGGAGACACGUCCACUCCUCAACCGGCUCUUCCUCCUCCUGCAAGACUGAAACUGCCACUGACUGCUACUUACAGACCCGCGUUUAUUACUUACUCUUCAUUAUUAAGAGUUUGGACAAAGAAGCCAACAGGUAGGAAGCCUGAGGGCACUAAACGCUACCAUCUUUACCAAACGUAGGACAUCAGUCUCCUUAAAACCCUGACGGCCAUUGAUUAAAUCCAGAAAUGUCAAAUAGUGAGAAUGAAAAUAACCAAUCCUCCCCCUGUAACAUAAUGAAAGGCUUCAAACUUUGUUGCUUCUUUGUCUUCCUGCUUUUAAUAAUAACAUUUAUCAGCUCUGAAAGCAAUAAGGUCCCUGUGACUCUAAAUCCCUUCUUCCUGUGGGGUUCAUUCUGGUGCAGGAAGGUUCUGUGUCCUGUGGAGUGGACAUCUGUCAAAGUUUAACUUGAACUGAAACCACACGUGCAGUAUUUUACUAAGGGCUCCUCCCACUCUGUGUUUGACGUCUGCUCUCUGAGUUGUUUUGACUUUUCAGUGAGCUGAUGGGGGAAAAGCAGCCACAGGCGCAUUCUGUUGGGUCCAGAUGGAAGGAAGCGUGGUCGUACAGGGAAGCCUUUUUUUUUUUUUAACACUUCCAGUUUGACGACAUGGAGAUGCUCUCGAUGGCCCUCUUGCACUUCCUGCACUUCAUUUGCUCGUGUCGGCACCGAGGAGGCGGCAGAGAUAACGCUGCUCUUAGGAGGAAAGACAUGAGACAAAGGGAGGUGAGGGUGAUGACAGGAGGAGCAGAAUGCAGCUCAGGCAGUUCCUUCGUUCUGGCUUUGUCUCUCAGGACUAUGUUGGCUGGAAAUACUUCAGAGGACACUUGCAGUUAUCUGAUUUAAAAAGGUCAUGAUUUCAGGAAUAAAGUUAGAAUAUUUAAUCCUCCUUCAUCUCCUUUUCGUGGUCAGUGACUUUGGACCAAGCUGACGUUUCUUCUUGUGCCUUCUUUGUUUUCUACUCGUGUUCUGAGUGAGGGGCCAAGUUCUUGACUCAGACCUGUGGGAUGUUUGAUCCUGUUUAAACUGAUGACUGUUUUAGAUCUGAAUGUUCUCAAGCAUUUCUCUGUCCAGCUGUUUGAGACACUAAUGGCUGAACACCUGGACGACUGCUUCGUCUGCUGCUGAAGUGCCUUGCUCGAGGGCGCCUUGUCUUGCCCCUUGUUGAUGUUUCACCUGUGAAGAGAAGAAAGUCACAGAGUGUUUUCUUUUUCAGCAUGAAGUGACUAAUGGGCUCGUGAUGAUGUUGACGUUUUCAGCCUGGCCCUCGACACAACCACAGCAUCGCUUCCUGAAGCGAAGCGGCGCCGCUGAGGCCCACAGAGUUCAUGGCACAUGUGUUGAUUUCCGUAUGCAAAUGUUGUUGAUGCAGGUUAUGAAGAAGUGCAAGGCAGCACUUUAAGGACUGUGAUCAAUUACCAUUAGGGCUGAAACUUACUCUGUUGGUUGAUUUAUUAUUUAAUGAAUUUGUGUGAUGAAAUAGAGGCACGUCCUGUGAACAGAGGACUUCUGUUAUUGUCCUCAGAAACUCCCAACAAAUAUCAGUGUUUCAUAUCUAGUUAUCAACAUGAAUUCCCACCUGAGUUGGCCUCGUCAAAUAUCUUGUGAAUUUUCUGGCACAUUUUCUGUUUCGUUGUAGCUUUUUUGCUUUAGUGAAUGGCUCCCAUCAUUUAGACAUGUGUUAAAUGUAGCUCUACAACUCUGGGAUUUAAAUUCACAUUCCUGUAUUUUACAUAGCCUUUUAUGAUACAAAUUUGAUGGUCACAAAAUCUAAAUGAAAACAGUAUUGUAGUCCUGUUUUACAAACUUAAAGAUGAUUUGAUUUAAUUAAAUCAAAAUCAAAUGGUUCAGAUACACAUUAAGGAUAAAGCAGGAGUCAAAGAACUGACCCUGGUAGAUGAAGCCCUGGCUCGGGUCUUGGCUAAACAAUGAGUUUCUCUUGGUUGGAGAAAAAAAUGCCAAUAGCAGUAAAAUAAUGAUUUUGUAUAAACUGACUUUGACCAAAUAUGUGGUUGAUGUGUGUAGUUACAGCUAAAAUCUGCUCCACAAAUGCCUUCAGUGCCUUGAUCGGUGUCCAGGGGGAGUUCUGUCUCUUCAUGUCACAAAUGUUUUUUAUAUUAUCCUUCACCCGGUUUUAUUGAUUUGUUGGCUGCACAGUUUAUUCUAAUCAAACAUUACUUCUGCAGAGAUGGAAGUGGUACAACAGGAGAAUCCAACACUGGUCCUCAAGAGCUUGUGUCUUUGCAUGUUUCUCUAUGAUUCCUACUCAGGCUACUAGAAGCUGUAAGUGCAGGGCUACAGGGAAAACGAGCAGGACAGCAGCUCCUGAGGACCAGGGCUGUUUUAUACCAUUUCAGGUUUCAAUAAAAUAUUUCACGUUAUCUACAUCAGUGAUAUUUUUGUGUUUUUAUCUUUAAACUACUUUCAGUUGUUUGGUUCUUCUGUUUAGAUCUGAUUGUAUUUUUGCAUUUCUGAUUCAGACUGAAUUCAGAAUGAAUUUAUUUCAAUCUUAAUCUUGUGUGAAAUUAAUUAAAAUUAAAGCUAAGAUUAAAUAAAGUA